UGCACUAAAUAGGGAAUAGGGUGUUAUUUGGGCUUCAACCUAGCUUUAAGCUGCAUGGCAAGGAUGGUUCCUGGCAUGAGAGACUCCCUUAGGAGGAAUGUCUUUCUGGCAUGCGGUGUCACGGCGUUAGAUGGGGGUGACAUCUCCCAGCACCUCUCCGGUAGGGACUGUCACAUUUCAGGGUGAGAGCAGCGGGGUAGUCUAAGAUGUCCGCCGUGGCCGUGUGGUAAAGCUAAAGCAGUCGACGACGGGACGGGAUACGUCACUGGAUUAAGUCCACGCUGAGAAGCUCCUCCAGCCUCUUCCAGUGAGCUGAGCCGCUAGCGAGACGCCUGCUGUACUGUCGACACCUCCAGAAGGAAGGACUCUCCGCUCCUCCGCCCGGACUCAACCACACUGCACCCCCCCACCCGGACCCCCUCUCCACACUGUAUGAUACCCAGAAGCCUUCUUCCUUUCGCACCUCCUUAAGGAUGAAGAAUGAAAAGAAAAAAAGAGGGUCGCUUUACCUCCUUCUCUUUCUGGUUACUCUUCAUUUCUCCUGCGCAAGGCAGACCUCCGACUACGCUCCCUUUUUUUAUGACAAUGGUCCGAAAAGCUCCAACGGGAACAUGGCCCUGUUCAGUAUUGCAGAAGACACACCCGUUGGGACACUGGUAUACAUUCUGAACGGCACCGAUCCAGAAGGCGACGCCGUCCGGUUUGGCCUGACCUUUGAAAAGGGCACCAGAGAAUAUCUGAGAGUGGACCCCAAGUCGGGACAUGUUACUCUCAUUCAGGAGCUUGACAGGGAGAAACAAGGGGAAAUCUCGGCUUCUGUCAGCAUAACAGAUGGUCGAAAUAAGGUUGUCGAGACAAUACGGGUGUUUGUCACCGAUGCCAACGAUGAGAGACCAGAGUUUCAGAACCUGCCGUACGCCAUCGACGUCCCUGAGGACACCGAACCUGGAGUCAGCAUUUUUCGAGUCCAAGCCCUGGAUCGAGACAUAGGUUCUGGAGGCAGUGUCACCUAUUACUUACAGGGCAUCUCCACCACCAAGUUCACCAUUGACAACAACAGUGGGGUCCUGCGAAUCAAGCCAAACGAAACGCUGGACUAUGAGGCCUCAACAACAUACUUCGUGACUGUGUUGGCCAAGGACGGUGGAGGAAACUACAAAGGAGUGCACCAGGUGUUGACCUCCACCACCACCAUAACCAUCAACGUCCUUGACGCCCAGGACACACCCCCAUCCUUCGUGGGAGCCCCAUAUUUUGGAUAUGUCUAUGAAGUCUCGGUUCCUGGCUCGGAGAUAGUUACUGUGUUUGCUAAAGAUGGAGACGAAGGAAACCCAAAUUCAAUUCAUUAUUCUAUUGCCAAUGGAAGUGAGGGGGUCUUUACCAUCAACAGCACAAGUGGUUCCAUCACUUUAACAGCUAAUCAAGUCCAGCUGAGAAAGGAGUUGUAUGAAAUCACAGUCAAGGCUAACGAGCUGGGCCCUAACGAGGAGCUGUUGGACCAGUACGCCAUCACCGUGGUGACGGUUCGUGUGGUUGAUCUCAACAACCACCCCCCCACCUUCUACGGGGAGAACGGGCCCCAGACCAGGUUUGAGCUGACCAUGUAUGAGCACCCGGCGGAGGGCGAGAUCCUCAGAGGGCUGAAGAUAACGGUCAAUGACUCCGAUCAGGGAGCAAAUGCUAAAUUUAAACUGAGAUUGGUGGGGCCUGGUCGAGUCCUGAGAGUGGUGCCCCAGACAGUCCUCAACGAAGCACAGGUCACCAUCAUCGUUGAAGACUCGGCAGCCAUCGACUAUGAAAAGGGCAAAUCCUUAACAUACAAGCUCCUGGCUGUGGAGAUUGACACCCCAGAGAGGUUCAGUGCGACGGCUGACAUUGUGAUUUAUCUCCUGGACACCAAUGACAACACGCCCAGGUUCACAUCGGAGUUUUACGUUGCGCGCAUCGCAGAGAAUUCCCCUGGGGGCUCCAGUGUGCUCUCGGUCGUUGCAAAUGAUCCAGACUCUGGUCUUUGGGGUGACGUCAGGUAUUCCAUCUAUGGAACAGGAUCUGACUUGUUUCUCAUACACCCGUCUUCCGGCGUCGUAUACACCCAGGCCUGGGCCACCUUGGAUGCCGAGGUCAAGUCCAAGUACAACUUCUACGUGAAGGCGGAGGACACAGACGGCAAGUACAGCCUGGCGGAGGUGUUUGUCACUGUUCUGGAUGUCAACGACCACGUUCCGGAGUUUGACGGGAGUCUCGUGGAGAGGACCAUGAUCAUCGGUGCCCCUGUUAAAGUAGAGGCAGUGGACGAGGACGCGGAGUCUCCCAACAAUGUCAUCCAGUAUUCCAUUACGCAAGCCGAACCGGACAACAUCUUCGACAUCAACGCAGAGACGGGAGAGAUCAAGCUCAAGCCCUACAUCAAGUCCAUGGAGAUCGUCCAAAACAUUACCAAACAGAAGGAUUGCCGGUGGUCCCUGGUGGUUGAGGCCCGGGACAGAGGGUCUCCUUCCUUCAGUACCACGGCCGUGGUCAACAUCGACAUCACCGAGGCCACUCAACUCAAGGGGUCUAUGGCAGCCUUUUUAAUGCAAAGUAGGGACGACCCGGUGAAAGCCCUAGGCAUGGCCGCUGGUGUCAUUAGCAUAUUGGUAGGGCUGACUGUCUUGAUCUCCACCGCUAUGUUCUUGCGCAACACCAAGUCCAACCGGAUAGUGCCGGCACGACGCAUCAUCAUCCGCCGGAGACCACAGAGUGACCGCAAGCCGUGGACAUUUAGCGCGCUUUUCCGCGGCGGCGGCCGCCGGAACGACCCGUCCAACAAGUUCACCGAAGGCGAGGCAGAAUCUGGGAAUGUCGACGUCGGCAACACCUGCGGUACCCGAGGCCCCAGGUCCGUACCUCAACCCCCCAGAGCCCCCUGCCUGCCCCCCCCCGCUGGCCCCCUGCCGCCCUCCAACACCAGACCUGGUGACAGGUCUCGUCCGCGGGCACCCGUGCCCACCGUCUCCGGUGCCCUGUCCUCCAAGGCCCCUAAGAGACCCAACCGCGGUAAAGAGAGCAGCGCCAGCUCGGAGACGUCCAAGGUCCCUAUGAGCUCAGCGCUGGUCUCGGAGCUCAAAAUGAGACUGGAGCAGAAAAUGAUUGAGAGCAACUCAACCUACUAUUGAAGCCGAUAAAGGUGGUGCGCCGGCUCUCUUACCAAUGUUUGGAAAAGCAAACCGAGCCGAAGCUUUGCCCGGUCCUUAAACUACCAAGGGAGGUUUCAGACCGCAGGCUAAUUCCCUUCAGAUCUGUAUUGAUGACUUGUUUCUGAGCAGGCUCUUUUGUUAAAGCAAUGAUGAUGCACAGUUUCAUUUUAUUUAAUCAGCUCAACAUGUGUUCGUGAAUGUGUUUAAUAACAUUGAAGACUUGUGGGGAUCCAUUCAGUGAUUGGCAUAUUUAUUUAGGCUGUCUCAAGUGCCUGGCUUUGGCACUGACCAUACGUCCGUAUAGCUUAUAAGAAUUCUACUGAUUUCCCCAGAAAAUCCAUUUGGAACAUUUCCACAAUCAGGUUGGAAUAAACAGAUAAUCCAGUGUCUUCAACCAGGAUUUUUUAAAAUAAAAUUGGUAAGUGAACAGAUUUGUGUAG